AUGGCAAACACGGGAGUGAUUAAGUCGAGUAUAGGGACGACUGCUAAGAUGGCGGUGGCCAGUGAAACUCCACUAGGUUGCUUGUGGACACGGCCUGAGGUGCUCCAUCCUUUCUGUUUCUCUUAUGUUGUCCUCUCCAUCCGCCCAUGUCACGCUCCUAUUUCUUCCCACUCUGCACGAGCUGCAGUCGACCUCCAGCAACAGCACACGACUCUACUACCUUGGCCAUGCUCGCGCACUGGCCUCGGUCGUGGAGAGUGUGUCGCUGAAUGGCUUCUUUGCAUGACAAGCCUCAACCGCCCCGUUCUCCCUCUUUGGUAUUUGGUAGCGAAAAUCGAAGGCAUCGUUCAUGACGUAAGGUGA